UGAUUGGUCAGGGCGCUGAGUUCUGAUUCGGCCCACUGAACCCCGGACAGGACAGAGUGUGGAGUGUUUAUCUCAUCUAUAACCUGGAGUUUUACUCGAGGAUUAAAUAUUUAAGGACUUUUUAAAGAUUAUUUUUUAUUUUCUCUCUCGUCGGGUCAGAGUUUAGACUGAGAGAUGUGUCGCUGCAGUGCAGUUAUAAAAGCUCUGAUUUUCCUCACAUUUUUUCUUCAUUUUUCAUCAGCAGUCACACACACUCUGCAGCACGUCUUAACUGGAGUUACACCAGGAAUAAAUUUCCCAGAAUUCACUGUUGUGGGUCAGGUGGACGGACAGCAGAUUGACUACUAUGACAGUGAGAUCAGGGAAAUGAUCCCAAAGACGGAGUGGAUACAGAAGAAUGUGGGAGACGAUUCCUGGAGCGAUGAGACACAGUUCAGGCAGGGUUAUCAGGAGAUAUUCAAAAGCAAUGUGGGUACAGCAAUGCAGCGUUUUAAUCAGACUAAGGGAGUUCACACAAUACAACAGAUGUACGGCUGUGAGCUGGAUGAUGACGGCACCACUAGAGGAUAUAAACAGUGGGGUUAUGAUGGAGAAGAUUUCAUUACCUUUGAUCUAAAAACUCUGACCUGGAUCGCUCCGACACCUCAGGCUUUGAUCUCUAAGAACAAGUGGGAUUAUUAUACUGAUUUUAAUAACUACUGGAAGAACUACCUGGAGAACAUCUGUAUCGAGUGGUUAAAGAAGCACCUGACUUAUGGCAGAGAGACUCUGGAGAGGAAAGUUCGUCCCGAGAUGUCACUCUUUCAGAAAGAAGCCACUUAUUCAGAGGUGGUGUGUCACGCUACAGGUUUCUUCCCCAAAGCAGUGAUGAUCACCUGGCAGAAGGACGGAGAGGACGUGCAUGAGGACGUGGAUCUCAGAGAGACGUUACCCAACCAGGAUGGAAGCUUCCAGAAGAGAAGCAUUCUGAAAGUCCCAGCUGAGGAGCUGCAGAAACACACCUACACCUGCGUGGUUCAGCACAGCAGCUUGGAGAAGGAGUUAGUGCGAGAAGUACCAAAAGGUGGAGCAACGAUUGGUGUCAUCGUUGGUGUAAUCGCGGCUGUCAUUGCUCUUGUCAUUGUCACGGUUGUUGCUGGAAUUGUGAUCUGGAAGAAGAAGAACUUUGGCUUCAAACCUGUUGCACAAAAUUCUGCUUUAGCCUCUGAAGGAAAUUCUUCUUCCAACAACUCUUAAAGUGUAAAAGAACAGGAGUGAAGACAGCAGAAGCAGGAGUUCAUGCUGGAGGAUCAGCAGAACGGAACUAAUUAUAGCACUAAUCACAUUAUUUAUUAUUUAUAUAUAGUUUAAAGCUGAAACAAUCCAUUAAACACCUGUUCACAUCUGUACGACCCAAAUCUCUCCCACAAUGCAUCUGUUCUCUCAAUGUAACAAUCUGAAUGAAGAACAAAGUGUAUGAGGUUUAUUUUAUAUCUCUGUUCUUUUAAAGCACAUGAUCUCAGGAUCAGUUCUACAGUUACUCUUAUCUUCUCUACACGUACUACAGCCACACACACAACCAUUUAAUUGAAUGUUAACAUGAAUAUGCAAUAUUAGGCAAUAAAAAAAGUCUCAUAAGU